AUGGGGACAGUGGACACCAGCGCACGCCUUGCGCAGCUUCGGCAGCUGAUGCAGGAGCACAAGGUGGAUGUCUAUAUUGUUCCUUCUGAGGAUAGCCACCAGUCCGAAUAUAUCGCCCCAUGUGAUGCUCGUCGAGAGUUCAUUUCGGGGUUCUCUGGCUCCGCCGGCACUGCGAUCAUCUCCUUGAGCCAAGCUGCACUCUCCACCGACGGCCGAUACUUCAACCAAGCUUCGAAACAACUCGAUAACAGCUGGACUCUGCUUAAACGUGGCGUUGAGGGUGUCCCCACGUGGCAGGAAUGGACUACGGAGCAAGCUCACGGUGGAAAGGCUGUGGGUGUUGAUCCAUCUUUAAUCACUGCCUCUGGCGCACGAAAAUUGGCAGAGACCCUGGAGAAGAACGGAUCCUCGCUGGUCGGAAUUCAACAGAAUUUGGUGGACUUGGUUUGGGGCAAAGACCGCCCCUCUCGCCCCAGGGAAAACGUACGGGUGCAUCCGGUGAAGUACGCCGGCAAGACCUUCCAGGAUAAGAUUGCCGAUCUGCGCAAGGAGCUGGACUCGAAGAAGAAAGCGGGGUUCAUCAUCUCGAUGCUGGAUGAGAUUGCUUGGCUAUUCAACUUGCGCGGAACUGACAUCCCCUACAACCCUGUGUUCUUCUCAUACGCCGUGAUCACUCCAACCACAGCAGAGCUUUACGUCGAAAGUGACAAGCUCACACCGGAGGUGAAGGCUCACCUUGGCAAAGAUGUUGUUAUCAAGCCAUAUGACUCCAUCUAUGCUGAUGCACAGGCUUUGAGCAAUGCCAGAAGCCAAUCUACAGGCGAGACACCCACCAAGUUCCUGCUAUCUAACAAGGCUUCUUGGGCACUCAGUCUUAACCUAGGUGGCGAGGACCAGGUUGAGGAGGCCCGUAGCCCAAUCGCAGAUGCAAAGGCUGUCAAGAACGAAACUGAAUUGGAGGGUAUGCGCGCUUGCCACAUUCGUGAUGGCGCGGCCUUGACCGAGUAUUUCGCAUGGCUCGAAAAUGAGCUCAUCAACAAGAAGACCACAUUGGAUGAAGUUGAUGCCGCAGAUAAGCUGGAGCAGAUUCGCUCCAAGCACGAGAACUUUGCUGGUCUUUCCUUCGACACCAUUUCAUCUACCGGUCCCAACGGCGCUGUCAUUCAUUACAAGCCUGAGAAGGGAAGCUGUUCGACCAUUGACCCCACUGCCAUCUAUCUCUGUGACUCUGGCUGCCAGUAUUUUGAUGGAACUACUGAUACUACUCGUACUUUCCACUUUGGUCAGCCUACCGAGUUUGAAAAGCGGGCAUUUACCUUGGUUCUCAAGGGCUGCAUUGCAAUUGAUACUGCAGUAUUUCCCAAGGGCACCAGCGGCUUUGCUAUCGACGUCCUCGCGCGUCAGUUCUUAUGGCAAGAGGGCUUGGAUUUCCUUCACGGAACUGGCCACGGAAUUGGCUCAUACCUGAACGUCCACGAGGGUCCCAUUGGUAUCGGUACUCGUGUCCAGUACACCGAAGUCCCCAUCGCCGCAGGCAACGUUAUCUCCGAUGAGCCUGGAUACUAUGAGGACGGCAAGUUUGGUAUUCGAAUUGAGAAUGUUGUCAUGGCUCGUGAAGUCAACACUCCUCACAAGUUCGGCGAUAAGCAGUGGCUGGGCUUCGAGCAUGUUACUAUGACCCCCAUUGGCCGAAACUUGAUCGAGCCGUCCUUGCUGAGCGAUGCCGAGCUUAAGUGGGUGAACGACUACCAUGCUGAGAUUUGGGACAAGACACACCACUACUUCAACUCCGAUGAGCUUACACAGAAGUGGCUUGAGCGUGAAACUAAGCCCAUUUCCAAAUAA